AUGUGCUUGGAGCCAGGCCAGGAGCAGGAGGUCGGGGGACAGCAGCUGGGUGGGAACGCACAAGGGAGCCGGAAGCUCCCCACUCUGCAGGGCGCUCUCGGUGCUCGCUCCCGGCAGUGCGUGCUGGUGCUGGGGCAGAGCCACGAGCCCGAGUUCGAUUACCUGAAGAGCCUGGAGAUCGAGGAGAAGAUCAACAAGAUCCGAUGGCUGCCGCAGCACAACGCUGCCUACUUCCUGCUCUCCACCAACGAUAAGACAGUGAAGCUGUGGAAGGUGAGCGAGCGGGACAAGCGCCCCGAGGGCUACAACCUCAAGGAUGAGGACGGGCGCCUGCGGGACCCCUCCAUGAUCACCACGCUGCGGGUGAGCACUGUCGCGUGCAGCCCGCAGGCACAUUCCUGGGCACUGUCACCCACAGACACAGCACGGCGCGGCUUUUCCCGUUCCCACCCCUACCACAUCAACUCCAUCUCCGUCAACAGCGACUAUGAGACCUACAUGUCAGCUGAUGACCUGCGCAUAAACCUGUGGAACUUCGAAAUCACCAACCAAAGCUUCAACAUCGUGGACAUCAAGCCAGCCAACAUGGAGGAGCUGACAGAGGUGAUCACGGCGGCCGAGUUCCACCCGCACCACUGCAAUGCCUUCGUCUACAGCAGCAGCAAGGGCACCAUCCGCCUGUGCGACAUGCGCGCGGCGGCGCUCUGCGACCGGCACGCCAAGUUUUUUGAGGAGCCCGAGGACCCAAGCAACCGCUCCUUCUUCUCCGAGAUCAUCUCCUCCAUCUCCGACGUGAAGUUCAGCCACAGUGGCAGGUACAUCCUGACCCGGGACUACCUCACGGUCAAGGUGUGGGACCUGAACAUGGAGAACCGGCCCAUGGAGACCUACCAGGUUCAUGACUACCUGCGCAGCAAGCUGUGCUCGCUCUACGAGAACGACUGCAUCUUUGACAAGUUCGAGUGCGUGUGGAACGGCUCUGACAGUGUCAUCAUGACCGGCUCCUACAACAACUUCUUCCGCAUGUUCGACCGCAACACCAAGCGCGACGUGACGCUGGAGGCCUCGCGGGAGAACAGCAAGCCCCGCGCCGUCCUCAAGCCCCGCAAGGUCUGCGUCGGCGGCAAGCGGCGGAAGGAUGAGAUCAGUGUGGACAGUCUGGACUUUAGCAAAAAGAUCCUGCACACAGCAUGGCACCCCACGGAGAACAUCAUCGCCGUGGCGGCCACCAACAACCUGUACAUAUUCCAGGACAAGGUCAACUAGGAGAAGCCAAGUCUUUAGGCAUCUCAUGUACUGAAUACUAGUAAACACAAGGUUUCAAAUG